AUUAAAAGAAGGGAAAGAAAAGAGGAGAAAGGGAGAGGAAGAAAAGAAAGAAAAUAGGGGUUGGAAUCUGGAAACACUUCAGAUUGAAGCCUCGAGAUUACAGCUGUUGAGGGUUUCCUUCUCCGAUCCCGUCUUGUGUGUUUUCAUUGCUUUCGAUCCCUUGUCUCCUCCCUUCUUGUUAAUUUUGGCCUAAAGCCCAACCCUUGAAUUCAAUUUUUAUUUAUUUAUUUUUUCGGCGAGAUUUAGGCGGUUCGUCGGUUCGUCGGUUCAUCCUCCUCUCUGAUUCGUGGAAGGAAGUCUGUUUGGUUAUGUUUGGGCUACGAAUUAAGAUUGCUUCUUAUAAAUCCAGAUAAGGAUUCUAAUUUCAGGUUUCGCAGAGCUGAGGCCGUUCUUGAUUGUUUGAUUUGGUGGCUGUGGCUGUAAACCUUCGGUUAUUUGAAUGGUUUCCUACAGGAGAUCAGUUGGUGGAGUAACAAUCAUGGAUGGCGGAGCAAUUAAUUCAGUUAUGUGCGCUAAUCUUGUGAUCUGAGGUUGGUUUUUGUGGUUCGUUUUGUAGCGGGAAGUGUGUCGUUCGCCUCAAGUGUCGAUCUCAAAAUUUAUCGUUGGCAGAGAAUCCAUUUUGUGGUUUAGUUGUUGAUAUAUAAUCCACUUUUAGGGUUUUUGGUCUGAGGAUUUGAGGCGGCUCCAGCAACUGUGCUUCUUGUAAGGAGGAAAGAUGAGUACUCAGAAAAGAAGUAAUUUUCAGAUAGAGGCAUUUAAACAUCGGGUGGUUGUGGAUCCGAAGUACGCAGAGAAGACAUGGAAGAUAUUGGAGCAUGCGAUACAUGAAAUAUAUAAUCACAACGCGAGUGGACUGAGUUUUGAAGAACUAUAUAGGAAUGCUUACAAUAUGGUGUUGCACAAAUAUGGAGAAAAACUGUAUUCCGGACUUGUGGCAACGAUGACGAUGCAUCUAAAAGAAAUAUCCAAAUCUAUAGAAGCUGCUCAGGGAGCUUUGUUUCUGGAAGAGCUGAAUAGGAAAUGGACAGACCAUAACAAGGCAUUGCAGAUGAUCCGAGACAUACUAAUGUAUAUGGACAGGAAUUUCAUUCCCAGCACCCACAAAACGCCUGUCCAUGAGCUUGGCUUGAACCUGUGGAGAGACAACAUUAUCCACUCUCCCAAGAUACAGACAAGGCUUCUCAAUACACUUCUUGAGCUUGUGCAGAAAGAACGAACUGGUGAAGUCAUAAACAGGGGGUUGAUGAGGAAUAUAAUCAAGAUGCUAAUGGAUUUGGGUUCAUCUGUUUACCAGGAAAACUUUGAGAAGCCUUUCCUUGAGGUAUCUUCCAAUUUCUACAGUGUUGAGUCUCAGCAGUUCAUCGAGUGCUGUGAUUGUGGGGAUUAUCUGAAGAAAGCUGAGAGACGUCUAAAUGAAGAGAUGGAGAGAGUCUCCCAUUACUUGGAUGCAAAGAGUGAAACCAAGAUAACUAAUGUGGUAGAGAUGGAGAUGAUUGCAAACCACAUGCAGAGGUUAGUUCAUAUGGAGAACUCAGGCUUGGUGAACAUGCUGGUGGAUGAUAAGUACGAAGACUUGGGGAGGAUGUACAACUUAUUCCGCCGGGUACCUGAUGGACUCUCUACAAUUAGAGAUGUGAUGACUGCUCAUAUUCGGGAAACUGGUAAGCAGUUGGUUGCUGAUCCUGAGAGGUUAAGGGAUCCUGUGGAUUUUGUCCAGCGGCUCUUGGAUGAAAAGGAUAAACAUGAUAAGAUAAUCAGUUUGGCCUUCAACAACGACAAGACAUUCCAAAAUGCUUUAAAUUCCUCCUUUGAAUACUUCAUUAAUUUGAAUGCUCGGUCUCCGGAGUUUAUUUCCUUGUUUGUCGACGAUAAGCUUCGUAAAGGCCUGAAAGGUGUCAGUGAGGAGGAUGUAGAGAUUGUCCUGGAUAAGGUGAUGAUGCUCUUCCGUUACCUGCAAGAGAAGGAUGUGUUUGAGAAGUACUACAAGCAACACUUGGCAAAACGACUUCUUUCAGGCAAAACUGUCUCAGAUGAUGCAGAGAGAAGUCUCAUAGUUAAGCUCAAAACAGAAUGUGGUUAUCAGUUCACUUCCAAAUUGGAAGGCAUGUUUACAGACAUGAAGACCUCUCAGGAUACAAUGCAAGGGUUUUAUGCGUGCCAGGCUGCUGAUACUGGGGACAGUCCUACACUGGCCGUCCAGGUCCUCACAACAGGGUCAUGGCCAACUCAACCAAGCUCCGCAUGCAAUCUGCCAGCUGAGAUUAUGGGAGUGUGUGAAAAGUUCCGAGCGUUUUAUCUAGGGACCCAUACUGGGCGGAGAUUGUCUUGGCAAACAAACAUGGGCACAGCUGAUCUGAAAGCAACCUUUGGAAGGGGCCAGAAGCAUGAGCUGAAUGUGUCCACAUACCAGAUGUGUAUACUCAUGCUGUUCAACAAUUCUGACCACCUGAACUAUAAGGAGAUUGAACAAGCUACAGAGAUACCAGCCUCAGACUUAAAGAGGUGCUUGCAGUCUCUGGCCUGUGUGAAGGGGAAGAAUGUUCUUAGGAAGGAACCCAUGAGCAAGGAUAUAGGCGAGGAUGAUGCCUUUUUCUUUAAUGACAAGUUCACAAGUAAGUUCUACAAGGUGAAGAUAGGCACAGUGGUUGCACAGAAGGAGUCAGAGCCAGAAAAGCAAGAGACCCGGCAGAGAGUGGAGGAGGACAGGAAACCCCAAAUUGAGGCUGCAAUUGUGAGGAUCAUGAAGUCAAGGAGGGUCCUGGAUCACAACAACAUUGUUGCUGAAGUCACAAAGCAGUUGCAGUCACGGUUCUUGCCCAACCCCGUUGUAAUAAAGAAACGGAUUGAAUCCCUUAUUGAGCGGGAGUUCUUGGAGAGGGACAAAGUAGACAGGAAACUGUAUAGGUAUCUUGCCUGAAAAACAACUUACACCGUGUGCUCAUCUCUUCCAGUCAGGGCGUUGCCUUGAGGUGGACUUGUAUCCUCCAUUUGGUGAGAAAGUGUCCUUGAAUUGCUGCAACCUACAAGGCUCCCACCGAAUAUUUGUUUAUUGCCCACCGCUUCUGUUUAUUCUCCAUUUUAAUUGUUCUGCUUUAAUUGCCAGAUUCGAUCAUCUCUCGGAUAAACUUAUGUCCUAAGAGUUCUUGUUGGGCUUUUAAUAGAACUGAUAACCUGGGGGAGGAUGAGGUUGAUGAAAAGCGUGCACUGUAAGGAGAUAUUUGGAUGCAGGAGAAAUGGUGGUUACUCAAUUUUCCAUUUUAGUGGUGUUGGGGUUUCA